AUGUCUAUCAACAACAUAGACUCAACUUCUCAACAGCAGUUAGGUAGUGGCAUCACGCCGAGAACCAACGGCUACCACAAGUCUUAUGAGCUUCUUGGUUCGACCAACGGAAUAGCAAACGGAACGCAAAAUGCAACUCGACCAAUUGCCAUCUGUGGAAUGGCAAUGCGUCUUCCCGGUGGCGUGCGAGACGCUGAUACCUUCUGGGACGUUCUCGUGAACAAGAAAGAUACUAGAGGCCCUAUCCCAUCCAAUCGGUAUAAUUCAUCCGCAUUUACUGAUAAAUAUGGCAAGAAAGGUGCCAUAAAGACUCAGUAUGGCUAUUUUCUCGAUGAGGACCUCAGCAAGCUGGACACAUCGUUUUUUACUAUGAGUAAGAAUGAAUUGGAGAGAACUGACCCACAACAGCGCCAGCUCCUUGAAGUGAUCCGGGAGGCAUUCGAAAACGCUGGUGAAGCUGACUAUAGAGGCCAGUUGAUUGGCUGUUAUGUCGGUACCUUUGGAGAGGACUGGCUUCAAAUCAGCGCCAAAGAAACCCAACACUCGGGCGGAUAUAUUAUGACUGGUCAUGGCGAUCUCAUGCUUGCUAACAGAUUAUCGUUUGAAUACGACCUCAAAGGUCCCAGUAUGGUAGUUAAGACUGGGUGCUCUGCCUCACUUAUAGCACUCCACGAAGCAUGUCGAGCAUUGCAACAUGGCGACUGUACAGGUGCAAUUGUUGCUGGUGCCAACAUGAUUAUGGGCCCAACAACAACGGCUGCGAUGACGGAGGAGGGCAUUCUAUCCCCCGAGGGCUCCUGCAAAACCUUCGAUGCCGCUGCUGACGGAUUUGCAAGAGCUGAGGCUAUCAACGUUGUUUAUGUCAAACUUCUCGACGACGCCAUCAGUGAUGGAAAUCCAAUCAGAGCUAUCAUCCGAAAUACCGGAACUAACAGCGACGGUAAGAGUCAGGGUCUGAUGACGCCUAACGGAGCCGCCCACGAGAGCUUGAUGCGUAAAGUUUACGCAGAUGCUGGACUUCUACCACAUGAGACAGCAUUCGUCGAGUGUCAUGGGACAGGAACACCGACCGGUGACCCCUUAGAGACAACUGCUAUAGGGAAUAUCUUUGGUUCUCAAGGUGUAUAUAUCGGUUCUGUGAAACCCAAUGUAGGCCACUCGGAGGGUGCAUCAGGACUUACUAGUCUCAUUAAAGGGGUCUUGGCGCUGGAGCACGAUAUAAUCCCACCUAAUAUCAAAUUCAACAAGCCAAAUCCCAAGAUCCCAUUCUCCAGUAGGAAGCUUCGGGUCCCGAUUGAGCCAACAAGUUGGCCCCAAGACCGAGCGAAACGAAUCAGCAUCAACUCUUUUGGAAUAGGGGGUUCAAAUGCUCACAUUGUGUUAGAAGCGAACCCGCAUCCCGUAUCAAACGGCCUGACACAUAUUAGCCCAAAGCGUGCCCAGCUGGCCAUCUUCUCUGCAAACACGCAAGAAUCCCUAAAGACAUAUAUCGACAACUUGCAAGAAUACGUCGAUAAGCAUCCCGGAAACGCUCAGGAUAUUGCCUACACACUCGGCCGACGUAGGGAGAUCUUGCCCCACCGGGCCUUUAUGGUUAUCGACAGCGAUGGCGCCGUAGUCGAAAAAUCAGCCCCCGCAAAGGCGCCAGUCGGCGAUCCCGACAUCGUGAUGGUAUUCAGCGGACAAGGAGCACAAUGGCCGGAAAUGGGGAAGGAACUCUUCCUCACGGAUGAAGGAUUCAGAGCUGAUAUCUUGGAAAUGGACCGUCUCCUUGAAUCACUUGUUUAUCCUCCGUCGUGGUCAAUUGAAGCCGAGUUGUUCGCGCCUCCGGAAAAGAGUAAAAUCCAUAGCGCUGAACUAGCCCAACCCCUUUGUACUGCAGUCCAGAUUGCCCUUGUCCGAAGCCUCCAUAGAGUCGGCAUCCAACCCGCAGCCGUAGUAGGCCACUCUAGUGGGGAGAUCGCGGCUGCCUAUGCGGCUGGAGCUAUCUCGCUUGCGGAGGCCUUGAUAUCGGCAUAUUAUCGAGGUUACGUGACAAGAGACCAGACCUUAAUCGGUGGGAUGGGAGCGGUGGGUUUGGGUGUCGCUGAUGUCUCUAAAUAUGUUAAGGAGGGUGUAGUGAUCGCUUGUGAUAACAGUCCCAGUAGCGUUACGCUUUCUGGCGACGUAGGAGCGCUAGAAGAUGUUCUUAAUGCGAUUAAGGUAGACAAACCCGACGUACUUGCGAGGAAGCUUAAGGUGGACAUGGCCUACCACUCAAGCCACAUGAAGGGGCUAAGUUUUAAGUACCGAGAGCUCAUGGAGCAAGAACUUAAGUCCCAAGGUCUUACACGCCAGCAGGCUAGUGUACCAUUCUUUUCAUCCGUAAAAGAAAGGGUAAUCGAGCAUGGUGAUGACCUUGGGCCGGACUACUGGAUCGCUAACUUGACUUCACGAGUGCGUUUUAACUCUGCAGUACGGCGCAUACUAGAGCAACGUCUAGGACGACUCUUCGUUGAGAUCGGUCCUCACUCAACACUAUCGGGACCGCUGCGACAGAUCGUAUCAAAUUCUGGAACCCAAUUUCAAUACAUUCCCACAAUGAUCAGGGGUUCCAACAGUGCCCACAGCCUAGCUUCGGCGCUUGGCCAACUAUUCCAGAGCGGCGUUUCAAUCGACAGGUCUGCUAUUUUCCCGUCGGGAAAGGUGCUAACAGACCUCCCCCGUUAUGCCUGGGACCACAGCGGCGGCUCUUUCUGGUACGAAGCCCGCGUUUCUAAGGAAUGGCGUUUCCGCCAAUUUGGGCACCAUCGUCUUCUCGGUUUACGCAUCCCUGAAAGUUCGAGUUAUGAACCUUCUUGGCGAAAUAUUUUGAGCUUAGAAGAUGAACCUUGGCUGGCAGAUCAUAAAAUCCGCUCAGAUGUUGUCUUCCCAUUUGCAGGGUAUCUUGCCAUGGCGGGAGAAGCAAUAAGACAGAUUACGGGUAUUGACGCAGGAUACCAAGUGAAGCGCGCAACAGCCCGGUCAGCUAUGGUACUCUCAGACCAUCCGGUAGAGGUGUUGACGACAUUAAGACCUGCCAAAUUGACUGACAAGGCUGAUUCAGCCUGGUUCGAGUUUUCUAUAACAUCGUAUAGUGGCUCGGCUUGGAUUAAGCACUGCGAAGGACAAAUCAAAGCAAGCACGGAUCCAUCGCCCUCGCCCCCUCUUAUACCAGGUAAUGAAGAGCUUAUCAAGAAGAUCCCCGAAUCAAAAUGGUAUGAUACGAUGGACAAUAUUGGCGUUGUGUAUGGGCCAGAGUUUCAGGGGCUCCGAAAUAUCGUUUCGUCUACCACCAAGAACCUGGCUACUGCCAAGGUCAGCCUUCCGCGUCACCACGAAGACCCGGCUUUCAUAUUCCAUCCAGCAGGGAUUGAUAACUGUCUGCAGCUUGCUCUAGUUGCGCUGGCAAAGGGCAUUGGGCGAAAUUUCGGCGAUUUAAGAGUGCCUACUACGAUUGAGGACCUUUAUAUCUCUAGAAGCGCCGCCACGAUGGAUGCCGUGGCGACUAGCAACGGUCAUAAGUCCAUCGCUAUUGAUUGCAUUGCUGACGGCAAAGUUGCUCUAAGACUACGUGGGCUCGAAUUAACGACGAUGGAUAAUGAUACCACUCAACAGAUUGAGCCGCAUGCAGCGGCUCGGUUAGAGUGGCUUCCGGACUUCGAUAUGGUCAACCACGCGACGUUAUUCAGUCCGCCCCGGUCGAUACCGGAAGAGACUAGGAUGCAGGAAGAAAUGACACUUUUAUGCAUGCUGGAAACCGCUGAUAGAGUCCGUGGUCUUGAGCCGUGUUCUUGGCACUUCGAAAAGUUCCGCGACUGGCUCGAGCUCGAGAUAGACCGCGCGAGGAAGGGGACAUACCCCUUAUUAAAGUAUUGCAGGGAAUAUGUAGCACUAGCCUCUGCAGAAAGAAAGCUAAUGGUCGAAGAAAGAUACCAAAAACUAUUGCCUCUUUCAGAAAAGGGCUCCGUGGCCAUCGGUAUCAAGCGGAUAUACGAUAACUGCGAGGACAUCUUCACGGGUAAAACAGACACUUUAGAGACUUUAAUGCAGGACGAUGUCCUUACAGAGAUCUAUAAUGCCGUUAGUUUUGGAAAAGGAGACUUCUUCAAGCUACUAUCCCACUCGCGGCCAAACAUGCGCAUCCUCGAGGUCGGCGCGGGUACCGGAGGCACCACCGAAAUGAUCCUCCGGACCCUCGUGCGAGAGGACGGCCAUCCGCCCUACUCUAUCUAUACUUUCAGCGAUGUCUCUGCGGGCUUCUUCCCGCAAGCCAAGGAGCGAUUUUCAUAUGCGCCCAACAUGGACUACAAGGUCUUUGAUAUCUCGAAGUCUCCAUUCGAUCAGGGCUUCACGGCCGGAACCUACGAUGUCGUGCUCGCACCCAAUGUAGUACACGCUACACCGUCGCUGCGUGAAACGCUUCUAAACUUACAGCCGCUUCUGCGACCAGGAGGACUGCUCGUUCUGACUGAGCUGUGCGCUGUUGUGCGGACUCCAAAUUACAUAUUUGGUAAUUUCUCUGGUUGGUGGCUCGGCGAGGAAGAUGGCCGGCCUUAUGAGCCUUAUGUCUCUGUCGAACGAUGGGACGAUGAGCUCAAGGCAACCGGUUUCUCCGGGGUCGACACCGCACUUCGCGAUGCUGCUGAGCCUUACCACUAUUGUGCCGCUAUCGUAUCAACCAAAGUAGAAGAUAAUGCCUCUUCUGAAAAGGCGCCCUCGCCAGUAUCAAUCCUGUGUGACGAUCCUGAGGGAGACCUAGUGGGACUUCUUGUUGAAGAACUUGCAAGUUCUGGUGUUUCGGCAGAGGUGUUUCGAUUGGGACAAAGCCUACCGCACGACCAAGACAUUGUAUCCCUUCUUGAUUUAGAAGGCUACUUUUUCGAGAACAUUUCGCCAGCAAGACUAAAUAUGUUCCAACAGAUAUUACAAGACUACAAGUCAGGCUCUAUAAUAUGGCUAACCAGACCAGCCCAAGUAGACUGCAAAGACCCGCGAUCCGCUCAAUCCAUCGGUGUCGCACGAUCUAUUCGAGCUGAAUCUUCGGUGCCUUUUUAUACACUAGAGAUCAGUCCCACAGAACCCCAAUUCGCGACCUUGGUUCAGAAGGUACUCGGUAAGAUACGACGCAUCGAAGACACCGACUUGCUUGCACCCGAUAAGGAAUAUGUUGUCGAUGCUGGUGUUGUCAAGAUUGGCCGAUACCAGCCGUUUUCAGUUUGUAAAGAGCUACAACAGAACGAUAGUGGUGCUAUGGUUCAGGAGGUGAAGGCAUUAGAGACUGACAAGCCUGGAUCCCUGGAGAAUGUCAACUGGGUCGGCGAAGCUAUUUCGAGUAGCCUUGGAGAUGACGAGGUUAUGAUUGAGACACGGGCAGUGGGUGUCAAUUUCAAGGACGUUCUCUAUGCGAUGGGUAUUCUUAAGACCAGUACAGAAAAUGUCCCAUUAGGUCUCGAACUGGCCGGCAUCGUCCGCCAAGUUGGUGCAAAAGUAGAUGGUUUAGCUAUCGGAGAUCGUGUAAUGGCAACGCCGCCAGAUGUAUGCUUCAAGACGCACGUUAAAACGCCAGCUUCUCUUGUCGCGAAGAUACCAGACGAUCUCACUUUUGAGGAGGCAGCCUCUAUGCCUAUAUGUUAUACAACGGUGAUAGAGUCGCUCCUGAAUAUUGGGCGACUAGAAAAGGGACAGGCUACGGCUGGAGGUGUCGGGCACGCAGCAAUCCAAAUCUGUCAAAUGGUUGGCGCAGAGAAAUUUGCAACUGUCGGAAGCAAGGAAAAAGUAGAACACCUUGUAAAGAAAUUUGGCAUUCCAACUAGCCACAUAUUCCAUUCACGAGACGAUUCAUUCGUUGCCGAUUUGAUGCGCGAAACUAAUGGUCGCGGAGCUGAUAUUGUGCUUAACUCCCUUUCUGGAGAGUUAUUGCAUGCUUCCUGGGACUGUGUUGCCGAGUUCGGUACCCUGAUCGAGCUCGGGAAGAGAGACGUCAUCGAGGGUGGUAAGCUUCGGAUGAGGAACUUUAUAGAACAUCGGUCAUACUCCUGUGUCGAUAUGACGCAUCUUGCACAGAAGAGGCCACAGAGAGCUGGGGCGGACUUGAAGAAAUGUGUUGAACUUUACCGAACUGGUGACAUAAAGCCAAUCGAUCCCCUUUCUGUAUUUUAUGCAGGCGACAUCCAAGAUGCAUUCCGCGCAGUGCAGGACGGAAACCAUAUUGGCAAGGUGGUUGUCCGUGUACCUGAAGAUUCCUCGACUCUCAUAAGCAUGCCUAAACGCUCCGAGCUGCGCUUGAAUAGUACUGCUUCAUAUCUGCUAACAGGUGGCUUGGGUGGCCUUGGGAAGGUUAUCGCUACCUGGCUCGUCGAAAAGGGGGCUAGAUCGCUAGUAUUUCUAUCUAGAAGUGCUGGAAAGACACAGCAGGAUCAGGAGUUUUUCCAAGAAUUGCGAAGCAUGGGUUGCGAUGUGUGCGCUGUACCGGGUCGGGCUGAAUCAGUCGAGGACGUUGGAAGCGCGGUUUCGCAGGCUCCAUAUCCCAUCAAAGGAGUUAUCCACUUGGCGAUGGUUCUCCGGGAUUCACCUAUUGCAAGCAUGAAACAUGAAGAUUGGGUUGCUGCAAACGCCCCCAAAGUGACUGGUGCUUGGAAUCUCCAUGAGCACCUAAAGGGACAUGCCCUUGAUUUCUUCGUUAUGGCUAGUUCCAUGGUAACUAUUGUCGAACAACCAGGACAAGGGAACUACAGUGCUUCAAACACGUUCCUUGAAGCUUUCACUCAAUACCGACGUUCCCUAUCUCUCCCCGCGACUGUGCUUAAUAUCAGUCCAAUAGACGGCGUGGGCUUCGUCGCUGACAACCCUUUCGCAAGGAAGAACAUGAAAUCACAAGGACUGUAUUUCUUGCGUGAGGCGGAGCUUCUGGACUUUGUCGAACUGGCUAUCAUCCAAUCACACCCUUUCGAAAUACUCAGCUCCACAGGCAACUCCACGCUGACUCCUUGGACGAGUACCGGCCAAUUAGUUAUGGGUUUACGAUCCGAGGGUGACCUAAAUGACCCAAAUACGCGAACUAAUUGGCGUCGGGACCGACGAAUGGGCUUCUACCACAACGAUAAUGAGAAGGAAACCAAUACAAGGGGUAGUUCCAGCGAGCUAAUCGCGUUCCUAGCACGAGUAGCCGAUGAUGUCGAAGUAUUGGACGACCCGCAAAGCGUUUCAUACCUAAGCCACGAAAUUGGCAAGAAGGUAUUCAGCUUAAUGCUCAAACCUGGGGACGAUCUAGAUAUAUCCCUAACAUUGUCGCAAAUUGGAUUGGAUUCGCUCAUGGCAAUUGAGCUGCGCCGCUGGUGGAAACAGGUGCUGGGCCUACAAAUUAGCAUCCUCGAAAUCAUGGCUACUGGAACGUUAGAAGCACUGGGAGGUGUCGCCGCUAAAAGCUUGAAAGAUAAGUUCGCUGAAAGUGAUACGCCCGAAGAAAAAGCUGGAUGGGUUAAUGGCGCCAAGUGA